AUAAAGGAUGAUCAUAUUGUUGCCUGAAACAGGCAGCUGAAAGAAAGGCACAAAAGUUGUAAAAUGCCAAAAUCUGGGUCUUCUAGAACAACACAGACUGAAAGUUCUGAUUGCAACAGCAGCAUGGUUGAAAAACAGACUGGAAGAAAAAAUAAAGAAAAAGUUUCAUCCUACAACAGGACACCUAAAAUAGACCGCAGUGAAUUGGAAAAAGAAGUGAAAGAGAAGGCUUCUAUGAAACGUAAACUUCCUUUCACUGUUAGUCCAUCUAGGAGUGAGCAGAGGGAAUCCGAUACAGGUAAAUUCUUCUGUUUUUUUGGAAAUGUGCUUAUUAAUGUAGGAAUGUAAGGUCGUAAAUUAUUG